UCCAGCCUGGGUAACAAGAGCGAAACUCCGUCUCCAAAAUAAAAAAGUCACACAAUGUGGAAUUCCAAACGCUUCAAAAGUAAAGAGAUGCAAGACAUUAACAUAGCCACAAACACGCUGGAACAGUAAGAGCGGGAGCCCACGUGAGACCAGCUUCACGGCCGUGCGAGGCGAGCAUGCGGACCCGCCGCAGGCACCACGCGGCUUCCGGUCCCCGGGCGGCGGUUUCCGGUGCGCGCUCGCAGGGGACGCCGGGAAGGGCGCCCGUCAGGCCCGGGGGCAGGCUCGGCGCCCGCCAGGUCUGUGGCGGCGAGCGGGUGCCCGGCCAGCCUGCGGGGGUGGCCGUGACCUGGCCGGUGGCCCUAGCGUGCGCCGAGCUGUCCCGGAGCGGCCCCGGGCGUGACGCGGACGGAGGAGCGGCGUGGGCAGCGGAAGCGCCCGCGGGGCCUGCGGUGGCGCGCACGAGCCCGGUGACCCGCCCGCCCCGUCCUUCCGGGCUUGGGUGGCGGGGAGGGCCGAGGACCCCCGCGUCCGUGGCGGGUCGGCGCUCCCGUCGCGUGGGUCCACGGAGGGAGGGCAUGCCUGAGCCGACGCACCCGAGCGCCUUCCUCGCGUGGAGGCCGAGGUCGUGUUUGGACACCUGUCCUCCUGCCCCCCAGAUGGUGACCGCGGAGGAAGACCUGCGUCGGGCCCAGUGCCCCGGGGCCGGGGGUCAGUCCCCGGGGCGCCGAAGCUCAGGCCCUUCCCGGCGCCCUGCUCUGCCCUGAGCUUGUGCACUCUUCUGCCCGGUAGUCCUGGCAUUGACCAGCAUAGGUGAGUGGAUCCUGCUGGGGUCAUGGGCCAUGAUCCAGGCCGCGUGGGGUUGCUGACAGUCAGCCAUAGGAACAGGAGGGUUUCUUCAGGGAGCCAACCUGAAUCCGCACUGGAGAAGGAUAGGUUCUCCAGGAGGGUGGCUUCCUUGGUAGUCUGACCCAAGGAGGAUAUCUUCUCUGAAGCCCUGCAGCAGUGAUGGUGGUCCGGUAAGCAAAGGGUUCCUUCAGCCCCACCCAGGGCAGUGCCCAGCUGAGACUCUGCGCAGGUCUGACCUCAGGGGCUGCCCAGGCCACACGAGGGGUUCCAUAGGAGGUCCGAGGCACCACAGGGGUCACACAGUAGCUCUCCUUCCCCAGAGAGAGGUGAAAGAUCAGGUCCAUGGGAUCAGGCCUUUGGAAAUUUAAGAAUCAGGCCCCACCCAUGGCCCUGAAUGGGACCAAGCUUUUAAGUCAUGGGCCAUCCAGCGGUGCCUCUUUGAGCCUAGUGAGGGGUGAUGCGGCUUCAAGGGGUUUGGGUCAAGGCUGAGCUCUGGCUGGCACCUGGCCCUGGGACUCGUUGGCUUUGGGCAAAGGGGCCAGCUCGCGUUCUGCUGGCAGUCACCCUUUCCCCAUGGGUGACUAGUGGGAAAGUGGCAUCCUUAGAUGGGAACACCCACUGUCAAGGGUCCUUUGCUGGAAAUUUGCUACCCAAGCUGCUUCUGAGCCAUGGACACACCUCCAGGGUGGCUAGGUCUUGGCCCCAAGGAAAGGAGAAGACACCAUGUGUCCCCCAAUUGGCCGAGUGUGGUUCGACUCUCUGUUUGGGAGGUGUGUAGGGCAUGGAUGGGGACCCACCAGAGAAUGCACGUGGCCCGGGGACCCAGCUUGCGAUUUCUGGUGCACACUUGGAGAGAACCCUGGGCAGGUGCCCUCCACACCAAGGCACUGGCUAUGCGACUGCCAGGUCUGCAGUGACAUGUGGCUUCCGGGACAGCCUUCUUGGUUGGCCAUGAACUGGUUGGUUGCCCUGGCCUGUGCCCAGUUAUCUCAGAGUGGCCCAGGUGUCUUGCAGGGGAGCCAGCAUGAGUAGUGGAGGUAUUCAUGGGACCGGCAAUGGAGCGCAGCCUGGGAAUCCUGCCAUGAGCCCAGUGACCCACCUGCCCUGUCCUUCUAGGGUUAGGUGAUAGGGAGGACCAAGGGUCCCCUCGGUCUGUGAUGGGUCAGUAUUCCUAUCACGUGGGUUCAUGGAGGGAGAGCAUGCAUGAGCCUUCAUCCCCCACUGCCUUCCCCCUGUGGAGGCGUGAGGCCCUGUUUAAACACGUGUUCUCCUGUCCUCCCAGACGGUGAGCCUGGAGAUAGACUUGCCUCGGGCCUGCUGUCCCCAGGCCAGUGUCCGUCAGCCAGGUGCCCAGCCCCCAGUGCACUGAAGCUCGGCCCUUCCUGGUGCCCUCGUCUCCUGCACUGAGCUGUGUGAGCUCUUCUGCCCAUGAGGGCCCCCUGGUAUUGACUGCAUAGGGUCCAGAGGCAGAGAGUACAGGGUGCCCUGCGUCUGUGUUGGGCCAGUUCCACAUGGACCCC